CUUGAAGCAAAUACAUUACUCAAAGCAAAUGAUGAUUAUAUCGAUGGACGAAAUGAUUGUGCUGAAAAAAACGAUAUAGAAGAAGUUGAAGACUUAAACUCAUCCAAUUAUGCAUCAUCUUCCCUUAUGAGUAUCGUUUCUGAGUAUCAUUUUCAACAGGAAUCAAAUGAUUCAUUAUCUUUAUUACCUGUUUUGAAAAAUUACUGUGCAAAUGAAUCUACUUCACCUUAUGA